UCGACUCUGAGCAGACUGAACCAGAGCUUGACACACAUAUAACCGACCUCAAGCGAAAGUACGACCUUCCAAACUUCUUGAGACCCUAUCAGGUCGAGGUCAUUCACGCUUGUAUGAGCGCUUUGGAAGGGGGGGUGAACAGGAUCGGGGUGAGCAGUCCGACAGGAAGUGGGAAGACGGUCAUGUUCACCAACCUCAUCCCGCUCCUCCGCGCCCUUCCCCUCCCCAGAGGCCAUACAUCCAACCAGAUCCUCAUCCUCGUGGGAUCCAUCGAACUCGCGAGACAGGCCAUGACUACCAUCUCCAAGACCUUUCCCGAAUACAGGGUCGAGCUCGAGCAGGGGACCAGUAAAGGGACCGGGUUCGCUGACGUGACGGUUGCAACGUAUCAUUCCCUCAAAGGAGCCAGGUUGGAGAGGUACGAUCCGUUACGGUUUUGUGCGGUCAUCGUGGACGAGGCGCAUCAUGCUGCGGCGCCCUCCUAUCUGAACUUGCUAGGGUAUUUUAAUCGCGCUGUAACUGCCAAGGAGAAGAACUCGAAAGAGACGUCCGACGACGAGCCAGAAUCGACUACUUCCACCUCUACCCUCGAGACUCGAUCCAAUGCGCCCCGAUCACAGGCCACCAUCCUCGGCUUCACGGCUACCUUCUCCCGGCACGAUCAGCUCGCCCUCUCCUCGGUCUUCGACGAGAUCGUCUACCAUCAAGACGUCUGGGAUAUGCUCCAAGCCGGCUGGUUGGCACCCGCCAGGUUUACUACGAUCAAAGCCAAGAUAAAGCUAGCAGAGUGUGCUGUAAGCGAACGGACGGGGGAUUUCGUGGCGAAAGGGUUGAGCGGGAAGGUCAAUACGGAAGAGGUCAACGAAUUGGUCGUGAGGACGUGGUUGGACCGGGCUGCUGGCAGGAAAUCGACCUUGGUCUUCUGCGUCGACCUGACUCAUGUGGAAGACCUUACCGAGGCGUUUCGGAGUCGAGGAAUAGACGCGCGUUGGGUCUCGUCAAAGACGGCCGAUCGGGAUAGGAAAGCCCUGAUCGAAGACUUUAAGAAUCAGAAGUUCCCCGUGCUUAUCAACUGCGAGAUCUUGACGGAAGGAACGGAUAUCCCGAAUAUCGACACGAUCAUUAUCGCUCGACCUACAAAGUCGCGGAAUUUGUUUAGCCAGAUGAUCGGUCGAGGUCUUCGGAAUUCCCCCGGCAAGGAGGAUUGUAGGAUUAUCGACCUGGUCGAUAACGUUACCAAUGUAGACGGACUCAUCUCGGCGCCGACGUUGUUUGGGCUUGAUCCGAUCGAGGACGAUGUAGAGGAUCAAACGGUCGCACAGCUUCGAGAACGAGGAGAAGAGUAUCAAGAGAUGAAAGCGCUUGAAGAGGCAGAAGUCGCCAGGCAAGAAGCCCUCGCGGGUACUGUGACUUACGAGGACGAUGAUGAUCCUUUCCGAUUCCGAGAGCAAUCUGAGCUCGACAAGACGAAGAGCUUUCAGAGCCGAUAUGCAUGGGUGAAUUGCGGUGACAACAAGUAUGUGAUGGAAGCUUUGGGAAAUGGCUACUUUUCGGUUGUGAAGGAGCACGGAAAGUAUCUGGUACGACACGCUGCCCAGCUACCGAAGGAGUUGCGGGAGAUGCGCAAGAGCAAGUCACCCUAUGGAAUGCUGCAGCUAGCUGGUUCUGCAACUCAGUUCAGGCAGGCAAUGGCUAUGGCUGAUAAGCUGGUGGAGCGGACCGUUCCGAACACCAUGGUCUCGCGCUUGUACCGUUGGGCGUCUUGGAGAAGAAACCCCGCGACUCCGGGUCAACAGAAGUUCUUAAGGAGCAUGCUGCAAGGAAAGAUGCCCCCGGGAUCUGAACAUAGGUUUUUAGCGAAAGAUGAGUCCGGUCUCGACGAGUUUGAUACCAUGCUGUGCGGGAGGGCUGCUAGCAUGAUUACGGCGCUGAAGCAUGGCGCAAAGGGUCGAGCCGAGAAGCAAGCGAAACAGACGAGCGCGGCGGACAAGAAGAAGGAUAGAGCGAAGCAGAAGGAAUCGGCGCGACUUGCAGCGCAGACUGUCAAGGUUGGAAAACUGUAGCGAUAAUAAAUCUCCGAUACGCUUGUUCUAGAUGCCGGAACUGUAUAUGACGAUAGAGCAAACGAUAUACCCAUCUUAUGCCACAUGAGC